UCCCCAACGCCUCCUAACAUACCAGCUUUCUUCCUAAUUCACUCCAACUUGCAACUCAACUCAUAAAAAGUUGAGAGAGAGAGAGAGAGAGAGAGAGAUUAAAAAUGAAACCAAUGAACCCUGAAGAAGUUGACGAUCAAAUGGUACUCAUUUCUCAGUACUAUCCAGAUGGGAUAUACAGCCAGUUUGUACCAGAACAAGGGGCGGCGAUGAACUCGAAGCCACGGCGGAGACGUAAGAAGAACAAAGGCGAUCGGGGCGGCGCCGGUGAUGGGGUUAUGAGGAAGAGGAAGCUGAGCGAGGAGCAGGUGAAUAUGCUGGAGAGGAGUUUCGGGAGCGAGCACAAGUUGGAGUCGGAGAGGGCGGACAGGCUUGCGGCGGAGCUAGGGCUGGACCCCCGGCAGGUGGCCGUGUGGUUUCAGAACCGGCGGGCCAGGUGGAAGAGCAAGAAGCUGGAGGAAGAGUACUCCAAGCUCAAGUCCGAGCACGAAACUGCUGUAGUGGAGAAAUGCCGCCUGGAGACUGAGCUUUUGAAGCUGAAAGAACAACUACAGGAAGCGGAGAAGGAAAUCCACAGGCUGUCAGAGCGAUGGGAUGGGGUUUCGAGCAAUAGUCCGAGUUCAUCCUUCUCGAUAGAGGCCAUGGACCCGCCUUUCCUCGGGGAAUUCGGGAUGGAGGGAUUAGGAAAUGUGUUUUACGUGCCGGAGGCGGAGGAGAAUUACGCUCAAGGAUUAGAGUGGAAUACUUUCUACUAUAUGUAAUUAAUAAGUAUUAGUGGAUAAUUGCUAGGGUUAGGGGGUAGGGGUGGGGCAUUUCUAUGUGUAGAUAAUGACUAAUCAUCAUGUAAAUUAAUCUUUGCUUAAUUUUUCUCUUUGUUUUUCGAGUUAAAUUAGGUACUAUUUUCAAGUGUUUAAUUAGUGUAUAUUGACUACUAGCUAGGUAGUGAUUAUUAGACGUAAUUAGUAAUUGUCACUAGUGUAACUUGCUUUUU